AUGGGUUUCAACGACAAGGAAGUCACCGUUGCCUCGUCGUCCGCCAAGGAGACAUCGCCUUCGGUCAGAUCUCAUGCAUCCAGAAAGUCGCAUGUCGAAGAGACUCGGCGCGAGGAUGAUCACUCUUCGAUUUCUUCGGCAUCAACCGACUCCCUCAGCGAUGCGGACGAUGUCAACUCCAUACACCAGUCUCUCAGUCGCAAUGCCGGCCUCGAGGAGCCAGGUGACAAGUCCAUGGCACACAUCACGACCAUUACAACCAACAUGACUACAGAUCCACGGUAUGAGAUUGACUUUGAGGAUGGCGAGAACCCCCGGGACUGGCCGAUGGCUAAGAAGGCCUUUGUCAUAUUCAUCAUGAGCUACUCAACCCUGGUGGUAGUCAUGUAUUCGACAAGCUACACCAGCGGUAUUCCUGGCAUGAUGGCAACCUUCGGCAUCCACUCCAAAACGCUGAUCGUUCUCGGUAUCACAACCUACCUGGCUGGGCUUGCCUGUGGGUCGCUUCUUCUCGCACCUCUGAGCGAGAUGUACGGCCGCAGACCCGUCUACCUCAUCGCUGUUGCCACGUUCACAGUUCUGAUCAUACCGUGCGCGUUGUCCAACAAUCUGGCUCAAAUCCUCGUCGUGCGCUUCUUCGGCGCCAUCGCCGGCGCUGCCAUGAUUUCAAACGCCCCAGGCACCGUGUCCGACAUUGUCAGUGAUGACUAUCGCGCGCUCGCCUUUAGCAUCUGGUCGCUCGGGCCCAUGAAUGGACCGGUGAUCGGACCUUUGGUGGGUGGUUUUGUGUAUCAAGCCCUGGGCUGGCGAUGGACAAACUGGGUCGUCAUGAUCGGCUCAGGAACAUCCUGGCUGCUAGUCUUCCUCAUCAAAGAAACCUACGCGCCAGCGCUGCUCCGCGCCAAAUCUGCGAAGAAGCGAAAGGAAGAGAACGACUCCCGUUGGCACUCACGCUACGACGACAAGAAAGCCUUCCUGCCCAUGCUGCGAGAGAACCUUUACCGCCCGCUCUCCAUGGCCAUCAACGAACCCAUCUGCAUCUUCUGGAACGUCUACAUCGCCCUCGUCUACGGCGUGCUGUACCUCUGCUUCGUAUCGUACCCCAUCGUCUUCUCCGAGCUGCGCGGCUGGUCACCAGGGCUAACAGGCCUGUCGUACAUGGGGAUUGGCAUCGGCGGAGUCUGCACCAUAGUCAGCGAGCCCUUGCUCCGCAAGAUGAUCAACGCGCACCCCAAGGACCCAGAGACAGGGAAGCCGUACCCGGAAGCCAUGGUCAGCGUCGUGUGCAUCGCCGCCGUCGCCGUCCCCGUCGGCGAGAUGAUCUUCGCAUGGACGUGCACGCCGAACGUGCACUGGAUCGCACCGCUUCUCGCGGGCGUCCCCUUCGGCGCAGGCAACUGCGGCGUCUUCAUCUACGCGUCCAACUACCUCGUGAACUCGUACGGCAUCUACGCCGCAUCAGCGCUCGCCGGCAACGCCGUGCUGCGCAGCGCACUGGGCGGCGCGCUGCCCCUUGCAGGCCCCAAGAUGUACGCAUCCCUCGGCCCGCACUGGUCCGCAACGAUGCUCUCCCUGAUCGAAUUCGCACUCAUCCCCAUCCCGCUCAUCUUCUACCGGUACGGGGGCAAGAUCCGCGAGAAGAGCGGGCUGAUUCGGCAGAUGCGCGAGGACCGGGAGAAGCUGGACAGCCGGAAGCGGCGGGCGGCGGAGAAGACGGGGCGGCGGGGGGUUCUAGAGGAGAAAGCGGAGAAGGAGAAGGAGGAAAUGGGUGUGUAG